AUGACAACCGCCAGCUCUUAUUCUGAUGACGAGCCUCAGUGGUUAAUCCAGAUUCGUGAGGCUCUAAGCGAAGAGAAUGAAGAUGACAACAAUAGCGAAAUGCCCGUCCGCAUCUAUAAUGUCCCUAGCGUACUAGUGUCUUUCAAACCAGAGUCAUAUACUCCUCAGCAUGUUUCAAUAGGUCCUUACCAUUACAAGAGUCCCGAGUGUUACCAGAUGUCAAGACACAAAGUUGCUGCUGCCAGGAGGAUCCAAAAACACCUCAAUAUUAACAUUCUUAAUAACAACAGCACCUCAUCGCACCUCAAAUUUAAACAUCUUGUUCAAUACUCUUUGAUCAAGCUGGACAGGAAAAUUCGUUCUUGCUAUAAGGGGUAUAUUGACCUCAAACCUGAGGUUCUGGCUUGGAUCAUGGCAGUCGAUGCUUCCUUCUUAGUAGAAUUCCUUCAAAUAUGUGCUAUUAGAGAAGGUAUCUAUGACAAUCCACGAUCGUCAAUAUCCACGGUUAUUAAAUCAUUUACCUGGUCAUCAUCAUAUUUGUUCCUCAAGGACCACUCUUCAGAGGGAUUAGGAAGAAACUCGGCUCAUAAUGUAAUCUUAAGGGAUAUUAUGAUGCUGGAGAACCAAAUCCCGUUAUUUCUACUGAGGAAGAUUUUAAAGAAACAAUUUUCAUCCAAAGAAACUGCUGAUCAAGUACUCCGGUCAAUGUUGAUAGGCUUAUUUAAAGAGACUUCCCCGAUUAGGAUAUCUGGAUCUGAAGAGUGUUUCUCAAACAUCAACCGAGUCGAGGAUUACGCGCACUUGCUGGAUUUUCUGUAUCAAAUGAUUGUCCCUCAAUCCAUUGAUAUCAAAAUACAGAAUAAAGGAGAUCAAGUUCAAACUCCAGUCCCAGACAAUCAUGAUGAUGAUGAUUUCACAGGAAUAAAUAUACUAGAAGAUGAUAAUGAUGCAGAAGCUAACUCCGACGACGACAAGAAGAAGAAGAAGAAGAAGAAGGAGGAGGAGGAGGAAUCAUUUGGUAAUAAGAGUGAUGUUAAGGAACUCGGUAACAAGGUAUGGCGAUUACUAUCUAAAUUAAACGCAGUACCAUUAAUAGAUAUGGUUCAGAGAGCCAUAGCAUCAAAACCUGUUAUGCUAGUUGCUCAAUUACCAUGGAAGACUAUAAGUCGUGUACCAGGCUUUGGGCUACUAGCAGAACCCAUAAAAGAUUUGAUCUUUUCUGAUGAACGACACAAAGAAAAGAUAAAACCUGAUGAGAUGGUUGAUAAACCCCCAACUAAAAAGGAAAUCAACAUCCCAUCAGUUUCCCAACUCAUAUCUGCUGGCGUCCAAUUCGUACCCACAAAUGGCAAUAUUCAAAGUGUGCGUUUUGACGAGAAAACAGCGACAAUUUACCUGCCUAUGUUGCACUUGGAUGUUAAUUCAGAGGUGGUAUUAAGAAACUUAGUUGCAUACGAGUCCUCGAAUGCAUCCGGACCAUUAUAUUUUGUACGUUAUACUGAGUUGAUGAGUGGGAUUAUAGACACAGGAGAGGAUGCAAUGUUGCUUGGAGAAAGUGGUAUAGUUGACAACCAUUUUAAGACUGACGAAGAGGUAGCAAAGCUGUUGAACGGGAUGUGCAGAUCAAUUAGAUUGACUAAAGUACCCUUCUUAGAUAAGAUGAUAGGAGAUGUGAACAAGUAUUACAGUCGCAGGUGGAAGGUAAAAGCCAAGAAAAUGAUCAAGACUUACAUACAUGGCUCAUGGCAACUUCUCACAUUUCUAGCAGCUUUCUUGCUUUUGUUGAUGACCGCUUUUCAGGCGUUUUGUUCGGUCUAUAGUUGCUCUCGUUUACAACGUAUUCCAGUUGUUGAUCAGCUAGCUGGUCCGACUGAAUAG